GGAAGAUUGAGUUGAGUUAAGGUUGGUUCAAGUCGAUUUUUGAGGGAUUAUUGAUCAAACUUACUAAGAUAUUAUAACCAACUUGACCUGUAGCUGUUUUUCAAUUAGGAAACAAUUUACAUAGUGCAUAUUUGUAUCUCAACCCUUGACAGGUAUGGGUGUUGGAUCAAAAGCAGCAAUACCUAGUAAACGUAGGGUGGCCAAUGUUAGACAUUUUACGAAAGAUAAAUACCAUCCAGACUGCUACAAGUCUCAAGAAGACACUAAAACAAUAGAUGAAGGAGAUGGGAAGAAAAAAAGUAUCAUUGGCCCAACAGACUCCAACAAAGAGAAAAAAGUUGUUUUCGAUAAAGACACGUUUGAAAAACUGAAACGUAAAUCUCAGUUCCUGACGCCAGAAGAGCGCAAACAGCUGAUGGCUCAAGUGAAAGCCGAGAAGGAACAGAAGGAAAUGGAGAGUGCAUUGCGCAAGAAGGAACUACAGGAUUGUGAGCAAAGUGUAGAGUAUGGAUCAAGACUCACUGAGGUGGAGGAGGAGGCAGCACGCAAGGCCCAGCAUCUGCUGGCGAGAGCUCACGAGCUGCGACAGGAACAGGAGGACGAGGUCAAGAGAUGCAACGCGUUGAUACUCGCCACAAAAUGUCAUGCGAUCCGUGAUGCCCAGGUGGCCGAGAAGAAACUUAUUGAGAAGGAAUUAGCGGAGGAAGAGAAGCGGUUGGAAGAGAUGAUGGAACGAGAGAGACAAGAGGCUUUGCGAGCUCAGGAGAGGCAGAAGGAGUUGCAGAAGAUGAAGAAACAACAGUACGUGAAGACUGUGCUGGAACAGAUACAGGAGAAUGAGUUGCAACGGGAGAUGCAAGCAGAGCGGAUAGAAGAGGAGAGCAGACUGGCCAAUGAGGCAGCCAUGCAGGUGCAGCUAGACGAGCUGAAGGUGUUGAGAGAGAAGUUGGCAGCUCAGGCGCGACAGAGAGAGGAGAUGAACAAGAUCAACCAGCAGCUGCACCACUACGCCUGUCUGGAGAAGGAGGAGGGCCGUCUGGCAGACCUCAAGGUACAAGAGUACAUGCGGCGCAAAGCUGAGGUAGAACGAGCGCGCGAGCAGGAACAUGCUCUACAGCGUCUAGAGAAGGAGAAGGAACUAGCACGACUACGAGCCAUGCAGAAACGAGCAGCCGACACUCAAGCUGCCAAGGACGAGAUGAAUGCCAUGCGGAUACAAGACGAGGUAGAAAGAGCGUGGAGAAAAAAAGAAAGAGAAGCUGCGAUGGCUCGAGCUCGGAAAGCAGAAGAAUUGAGGAUAGCGCGCGAGCAACAGAUCUUGGACAGACGCAAGUGUCAGGCGAUAGAGAUUCAGAGAGAGAAAGAAGAGAUGGAGAGGAUUGCUCGGGUGAAUAGAGAAGAACAAGAGAAACAGAAACUGGAGGAGCAGAGGCGUCUGUGUAUGUUAGAGAGCCAUAGAAUGGAACUACUUAAGCAAAUUGGCGAAAAAGAAAAACAGAAAAUAAAAGCAAGACAGCAACAAUUUGAGGAAGGAUUAGCAGUGAAAGUGGAAAAACAGAAGAGAGAAGAUACACUAAAAGAAACAAUGGCAAAGAAGAUGAACAUGAUCAGGUCUCACAAUGUUCCGGAGAAGUAUGUGAGAGAAGUGGAAAGACAACUUCAACUCAUUUAAAUUACAGUGAUCGUCAAUUACGCAAAACUCUUCUUCACAAACUCACCUACAACUUAUGAAGCAAUUUGAAAUCUGUUGGCACCAUAUCCAUAUGUGUGUGUUUUGUGUGUAUGGGUGAUAAGUCUCUAGUCAAUCGGAGGAUAUUUUUGUGAUAACGAUGUAGUUAAAAAAAACUAAAUUUGUAAAUUUUAGUACUUUUAUAAAUGUUUGUAGCUUUAUUAAAUUGAUUUUGUGAUUAAA